AUGGGAAAGAGAAUAGGAUCAUAUGAGCUUAAAGCUAAGCUUGGCAAAGGUACCUUUGGCACUGUGUUUUUAGGGAAGCAUAUCCCGUCUAAGAACAAAAUCGCAAUUAAAAUGAUCAAUCGACAAGGUUUAAAGCCUGAGCAGCAAAAUAGGCUUGAACAAGAAAUUCUCUGUCAAAGAUCCGUUGACAGUGACUAUGUGGUUAAACUUCUGGACGUCCAAAAGACCGACAACAAUUUUUAUCUCAUUUUAGAGUUUUGCUCAGGUGGGGAUUUAGGCCAGUUUAUACAACAAAACGGUCCAGUUGAUGAAGCUGUAGCUCAAAGAUGGAUGCAGCAUUUGGCAGAAGGCUUUAAAGCUCUUAGAUCGAAAAAUAUACAUUUUUAUAUAUAUAUUUUGCCUUAUUUUACAUACAAAAUUACCAUUUUAUAUAGUAAAUUUUAAUAUAAUUUAUCCCAAUUUACUAUAAAUUAUGAUAUAAUCCAUCGAGACCUGAAACUUCAAAAUAUUCUUAUGACAGAAGCUUCAACAUCUGCAGUCUUAAAACUCGCUGACUUCGGCAUGAGUCGAUUUCUAGACGACGAUUUAGCUCAGUCUUGGCUUGGAACUCCUCUUUAUAUGGCUCCUGAAGUAUUUCGCUUAAGAGAAGGCUAUGAUUCUAAAGCUGAUAUAGGGCCUUCCUAUAGAUGGCGCGCAAUGCGCCAUCACCGGGCAUGUCGGGAGAGGGUUCCACACGAGGAAUGGUUCUACAUGUGGAACCCUCUUUUUGGCUUGUGGAAAGUAGUUUUUUCACAGGUCAAAAAGAGGGUUCCACACGUAGAACCAUUCCUCGUGUGGAACCCUCUCCCGACAUGGCUCGGUAAUGGCGCAUUGCGCGCCAUCUAUAGGAAGGCCCUAUAUAUGAAGCUUAGGCGUCGUUUUUUACGAAAUGCUCACAGGUGAAGCUCCAUUUAACGCUCGGCGUAAAGAAGAAAUCCCAAAUGCCCAGCGACAUCUUAAACCAUUUCCUGUAGCAAUUUCUCAAGUCUGCAAAGACCUUUUAGAAAGAAUGCUUGCAUAUGAUCCUAAACACAGGAUUUCUUUUGACGACUUUUUUGAGCACCCUUUUGUAGCUGGGAUAAAAGAAGAUAAUAGCUCUCUAAUGGCUUCUAAAGGGUCAAGUGACGUUUAUUUAUCAUCAGAUAUCGCUCCAAAUAUCCCAAUCCCAGAGCAGCUAGAAUCCCCUAUGUCGACUGAUGAUUUUAUACUUUUAGAUAAUGAAGAAACAGUCCCUGAUUUUGUAUUUAUUGCUAAAGAUAACCAUCCAGCUAUAAAUUUAGCAGAAGUUAUGUCCUCAGUCGAAGAACAAUUAGAGACUAUUAUGAUUAUUUUAAAAUUUGCAGAAAAAAUAAAAUCAAAUAAUGAGAUUAUUGGGAGUUUUGCUGUGUAUGUAAAAGCUGUCACUUUGAUGGAAAAUUUGUUGAAUUUUAGCCAACAAAUGAUAAAUAAAUACAAUUUAAUACCUGAGUCGUAUCCAAACUUUUUUGAACAGCAUGAUAGGGUGAAAAGACUAUUUUUGGAGAAUCAGGAUAAGACGGAAGAACUUUGUAAAAUUGUGGAUCAUAUUUUAAGCUCAGGAGACCCGAAAUAUGCAACUUUUAUUGAUUCGAUUGGGAAACAAGGGCUUGCGGAUAGCUUGCUGUAUAAUUAUACUAUAAGUUUGUGCAAGGAGGGAGCUAAGGAUGAAUUUUUGAGGGAUUAUCAGAAAAGUAAAGAAAAAUACCAGGAAGCUGUAUGGCUAUUGGAUCAUCUGUGUAAGGGAAAAGAUAGUGAUCCAUCAAGUGAGUGGGAUAUGGUUGAAGCUUUUAGGGCUGAAACGCAUAGAAGAUUGGAUACAGUCAAUGUUAAGCUGACGACUGCUUACUCUUCCGCAUUUUAAUAUUAAGAAAAACCUAUAUCAUUUUUCUAUAACAAUUUUUUUAAAUCAUUUAAUAAACGAACAAAAUUUGUACUUAAUUUUUAUGACACCUUUGGAAAAAAAUUUUAAAUUAUUAAAAAUUUAUUUUUAUAUUUUAAAACAAUUUAAUGCAGAUAAAUAAUAUGUUGGUGUUUUUAUUCAUUUUAUCAGCUUUAGCUAUAAAAUAAAUCGAAAAUACUUUUAUUAAUAAUAAAAAUUUUCAAUUUAAUUAUUUUUAUAAUUUAUAACCAAUUAACAAAACAAAAAAAGGUUUUAUUUUUUAAAAUGUGUGAGAGUUAG